AUGGCUCCAGGAACUGCUACUAAUACCCGCAAUAACAACAAUCAUAAUCAAAACAGAUUGGCUGGCGGAUCAUCAAGCAAAGAUGUUGUCAAACCCGUCCAAGACGAAUUUGCAGGGUGCAGUGAUGAAGACUGCCCGAUCUGUGCAAACACAAUCAAGUACGUUGCCCGUUAUAGCUGCAACCACAUCACUUGCCACAAAUGUGCAUUGCGUUUACGUGCACUAAUGGAUGAUUUUAACUGUCCUCAGUGCCGUACUCGACGUGAUGUGGUCAUUGUUACAAAAGAUUUUGAUAAACAAUUUGAUGAUCUCAGCAAUAAAGCCCUCGUAGCUAAUGAAAAGAAACUUGGUCUUAAGUUUGAUGACCGCAGUGUCCGAAACGAUGUCAUGAGUCUCCUCCGCUUUAAUUGCCCCAUAAAAGACUGUGACUAUUAUUCAACAGAAGGAUGGAAGGAUCUUAAAGCCCACGUUAAGGAAGCUCACAAUCUUCACUUUUGCUAUCUCUGCAUCAGCGGCAAAAAGGCAAUCUUCACCAAAGAAUUUGCCCUUUAUACCUCUGCUGGCCUUCGCCACCACGAAUCCCAAACAGAACCUGAUGAAGAUGGCUUUAAAGGCCACCCAUCAUGCCCCUACUGUAGCGAACGCUUUUAUUCAGAAGACGACCGACUAGAACACCUCAAUAAAAAGCAUUUCCGCUGUGACGUAUGUCUCAGAGAAAAUGCCUUGGCCCCACGCUUUUUCGCCGAUAUUGAUCGCCUCACCGAACACUAUAGUACUGAACAUUUCCCCUGUAAAGUCCCUGCAUGUUUGGAAAAGAAACACAUUGUGUUUGCUUCCAAGAUUGAGCUUCAAAAUCAUAUGAGUAUUGAACAUCCGGACAUUUAUACCAACAAAAGACUGGACAUUGACUUUACCUUUAACAAUAGUAACCGAAACAGCAAUAAUAGGUACAGAUCCCAAUUGUCAACUGUCCAAACUCCAAAUUCUAGAAAUAAUGACACCCCUGUCCAGCUUUCUCGUGGUGAUGCUUUCCCUGCUCUUGGUGCCCAUGCUUCAGGCUCUUCUACUCCAAUUACUCCAACUAAUUGGACCGUCACACCGGAAAUGGCUGAACAGGCUGACCGUAGAUUACAAGAGCGUGUACGAAUCAUGCUCAAGGAUGAUCCAAUCAAGUUUGCCCAAUUUGAUCAAAUUAAUGAGCAAUUUCUCAAGGGCGAAAAGACUGCUUACGAUCUCAUUGCUCAAUACAAGGAACUCUUCCCAGAGUCCAGCAUUCAAGAACUCGAGGCAACAGUCCAUGGUUUUACUAAAGUCAUUAUCCAUAACCCUGUUAAGGUUCGUGACUUGAACCGUGCAUGGGAAGAAUACCGCCUGCGUCUGCAUCUUCCUGCUGCGUUAGCUUCAGCAUCAUCAUCUUCCUCCAUGUCUGGUGGACAUGCACCCAUGGCCCGUGGAUCAAAGUCUGGCGUGGCCCCCUGGUCUACAGGCCCAGUGUCUCGUAAAGCUGCUAAAGCUGCUGCCAUUCUUUCUCACGGUGACACUUCGUCUUUCCCCUCUCUCCCACCUGUUUCACGCAAAAAACCCAUCCCACUUACACGUGCUCCUGCAGCUCCAGCACUUACUGUCCGUAAACCAGCCGUCAAAUCUUAUUCAACUGCAUCAUCGUCAACUAUUGUGGGGAAAGUUUCCAGCAGUUCCUCGUUAGCUAAUAAGAACAAGGGGAAAACUCUUGGAUCUGCCUCUUGGGCAUCAAGUAACUCCUCAUCUUCAUCGCUCAAUACUUCGUCCACCACUGCGUUCCCUACUUUGGGAGGAGGUAGCGCCAGCUCAAGCUCUACUAGUAUCAACCGUAUGACUUCUUCACAUGGAUCAUCAUCCAGUGGCAAAAGACCUGUUUUAAACACUUCCGAGUUCCCAUCUUUGCCUGGCUCCCGCCCACGACCUGUUUUUGAACCUACACACACUGGUCCUACACGCGAACUUAACAGUAAUACAAUUGGAGAUGUGCUUCAAGCUACUACUGUGCUUCGACCUUCUCGUGGAGCUGAGGAUGACGAAGGGUCCUCCUCUUCUGGAGCUACGUCUAAUGACCGUAAGGGUAAGAAGAAGAAGGAAAAGAAGAUUUUGUUUUCUUACUCUUCUGGAAUUUAA